AUGCACCCUUUCCCCCGUCCUCCACUUCCUUGGCCCGCUGUCUCUGUUGAUUUUGAUCUUGGCUCUGCCGACAUGACCCCUUUUUUUGAUCUCGAGCCAUACUUGUCAAAAACACCAUCUUCGAUCUCUCGAGCUUUCCAAAACUCUCCCCCCUUUAGACGUUUCUUCAAAACGGCUACCUCUACCAUUUCCUCAUCUUCACUUUCAUCCACAAUCGUCGCUACCACGUCUUCCACUCCUUCAACGCUGUCUGUCGUUACUGGUGCAGGGGCACAAGGUUUAAACACGAUGAAUACAAAGUCUUCAUCCACCGCCGAGCCCAUGUUCGUCGGAAGAAGUCUAAAUGGAAGGGUAGUUUCUCUGCUCAACGAUGACGCUAAUAAUGCUGCUGUCGUUCAUUUGGGCCUAGCCCCGACGGCCGCUAAUGGUACUCCUUCGGCUACACCUACAUCUGGCGCCCCCCAUCACCAUCAAGUAUCCCCUCAAUCACCCUUAAAUCAUCUCGUUCACUCAGCGAUGGGCACUUCGACCACGACGUCUUCUGCGGCAGCUGCCGCAGGACAUUUACCUCAAUACACUGCCUCUGCGCCUGCACAAUCCUCCAUUCAACAUCAACAACUCCCCUCCCCUGCCACCCCAACCACGAACCAAACUUCCCUUGUUCCACAACCACCACAACCACACGCUUUACCAAAUGGAGGAACCGGUCGUGCCACUGCGACCGAGAAGAAGCGUAAUCAUGUUUGCACGACGUGCUCCAAGGCGUUUACCACCAGUGGACAUCUUGCCCGUCACAUCCGCGUCCACACGGGCGAAAGGAAUCACAAAUGCCCUUUCCCAGGUUGUGAAACAAGAUGUUCGAGGCAAGAUAACUUGCAGCAACAGUGA